AUGGACCUAGUCUGCUUUCACUAUGCUGCGGCCCGUCCCGCUCGUUCUCGGCCGUCUUGCUGCCCCACUGACGCCCUCCCUCUGUUCAUCCUCCCUCCCUUCUGUGUGCGUGUACAGGUGCAGGAGGUGGCGAUGACGGUGUCGUUGGCGUCGGAGGUCAUGCCGGAGGCGGCGGUCGUGGUGCUGGCAGUGGCAGCGGCGCUAGACAAUACCACGUCCAGUCUGGCAAUGGUGGAAUUGAUACUGGUGGAUCUGUGGCUAGUAACGGCGGCGGACGUGGUCGUGGUGACCGUGGUGGCCGUGGACGAGAUGCUCGUAGUCGUGGUGGUCGAGGCCGUGGUCGUAGCGUUGCACCGCGAAGUGGAGACGAAUGUGAACGUAAACAGAACGAUACUGGAGACUCACGUGACGAACCUGGAGCUGUUGGAGAGCACCCCACUUCCGCUGGAUUAG